AAUACAUGUACAUUGGGCUUUGUUUAACAAAACAGAAAGUUGACGGAAAAAAACUGAGGUCAACAAAAAUUUAUAAUCUUUCAUCUGUUGGGUAUUUGCCGUUUGGGAUCAUGUUCUAGAAAUUUUCUGACUAGUGGCAAAAAAAUUAAAAUAUCUUGUGUUUAUCCAAAACCAAAAUAAGAAAGAAAAAAACACCUUAAGCCAGUAACCAUGGAGCUUAUAUCCAAUUAUUACUCGUAUAGACACCGUCAGAUCACUCUCUCCUCAUCCCUAACCGUCCGAUUUCAAUCCUCUCCAUCACACAUGUCGGUAACUCUUACCGGUUUACCGUCUACCCGUCUUCUUUAAAAACGUGCCAAAGCUCAGUGGUUUCUAAUAACUCGAGGAGCGUGACUCGCCCUAAGACUGAGUUUGACUCGUUGAUCUGCGAAAGUGUUGUGAUCGGAGGGGGGGGGGAGAAAAUGACGACGGUAGUAGAUCGGAGCGUAUCGACUCUGAAUCCAAACGCGCCGGUGUUCGAUCCGGUGGGAUUCCGUGAGGUAGAGGACUUCUCGCCCAAGUGGUGGGAGCUGGUGACGACUUCCAAGUGGUUCCGUGAUUUCUGGCUUAGUGCCAACUCGGAGUAUGAGUUCGACGAGUUCUCAGGUAUUGAAGACGACCUCGAGGAGCUAAUCAUGUCCGGUGAAGCUGAGAUGGGUGGAUCUACAGUGAACGAAUCAGAUGUUGGUAGGUACUUGAAGGUACUUUUGAGCAUGGCGGAGUCUACGAAAGGGAAGCUUUACAGAUCUAACCUGUCUUGUUCGAAAAAGUAUAACCAGAAGAAGAUGAACCCAAACUUCUACUGUCGCCGGAACCAUCACAUUUAUCAGCCUCGUUGAUGAGGUUUUAAAAGCGUGUGAGAAAGAAUAAGAGCUUAUGUUUGGAUCGUUUGUCUGAGAAACUCGUCUUUUGCUUCUUGUUGUGUACUACUCGUUCUUUUUUCUCUGGCUAUGUUAAUAUUUUUCUUUGGUUAUGAGCUUCUUGAUUUUUCGUAAAGACUUUGUUAUAUAAGUAAUAAAACCAAAUUCGGAACUUAAACAACAUCCAAUCCAAGUAUAAAGUGUUUCGGUUCUUGAUCAGUUGUGAGUUUGAACGUGUGUUUGUCGUUAUGAAAUUAGUGGAUGGAAACCAAUCUCCAGGCUGGCAGGCUCCAGAUCAGUUGCUACGAAACUUUUCU